AUGAAACUUAUUCCUGAUAUCAUUUUCAAGAAUAGAACUUUCACAGUUGAAUUGGUCCCAAAGACACUACCUGACGUACGAAAAGAAAGUGCAGUACUUAAUGUUCCCAAAGCAUGUGCACUUGUAAAGAGCAUAGCACUUGGACAUCACAUUCCAAGAGAAGACUUGUCAAGACCAAUCGUAAAGCGUAAGGCCUUCUCAAACGAACUUCCACCUCUGAAUCACAGUCAGUUCCAGGCAGUGGAUAAGGCUUUGAAUAGCACUUUUACACUUAUCCAAGGGCCCCCUGGAACGGGGAAGACCGUAGUUGGAGUGUACAUUUUGCUCUGUUUUUUGGAGAUAAACAAAGAGAAUCCCAGAAAAGUGAUUAUAGACGACAAGGACAAAGACAAGAAAGAAGUGAUUCUGUAUUGUGGUCCGUCCAAUAAGUCUGUGGAUGUGGUUGCAGAGUACAUGUUGAAGUUUGAGGACAAUCUGAGAGCCCUCAGAGUCUACAGUGAACAAGUGGAGAAUUGUGACUAUCCGUACCCAGAGAGUGUUCUUCAGUUCUCUACAAAGACACGUCCGGAGCGUUCCAAAAACAGUCUCAGGAAAAUCACGUUGCAUUAUUGCAUGAGAGAAGAUUCAAAUCCACAUUCAGGUGAAAUCAAAGCGUGGGAUAAAAGAAUUCAAGCAGCUAUCGCUGCAAAAAAACCCUUCACCGCAGAGGAAGUAAAAAAAUUCAGAAAACUCCUUGUAAAAGCUCGUAAAUACGAACUGGAGAGACAUGACAUCAUCCUGUGCACUUGCACUCAGUCGUCGACCCCGGGCCUGAUGCGUGCAGUGAGUGCUCGACAGAUCCUCAUUGAUGAAUGCGCCAUGGCAACAGAACCACAAGCUCUCAUUCCACUCGUCUCCUACAACCCAGAGAAGAUUGUGCUUAUUGGGGACCACAAACAGUUGCGGCCUGUUGUGAUAAAUGACCGCGUGCGGAAGCUGGGCAUGUCCAAGUCCCUGUUUGAACGCUGCUACACCCAAUUGGAAAAGAGGAGUGUAAUGCUGGAUACACAAUACAGAAUGCACAAGGACAUUUGCAAGUUUCCAUCAGAGGAAUAUUACGAGGGAAAGUUACAAACUGGAGUGGAGCAACGAAGCAGCGUGCUGCGUGUGGACAAAAAGACAAUGCCUGUUGUGUUUGGACAUGUCAUCGGAACAACUGUUCGCCAGGUGGUCAGUUCUUCAAAAGGCAACGAGAACUCCAAAGCUAACCGAGAAGAGACACAAAUAGUGGUGGCCAUUGCCAAAAAACUGACAAGAAACGCUAAAAUUGCGCAAAAAGAAAUAGUAGUUCUUUCUCCUUACAAUGCACAAGUCUUUGAAAUCAAGGAAGCGUUGAAAAAGGAAGAACUGAAAGACGUCAACGUGAACACCAUUACAACAAGUCAAGGAAGUGAGUGGCGUUAUGUGAUUAUAUCAACAGUCUGCUCCCUGCCCAGCAACGAGAUCAUGUCAGAACCAGACGGCUCAUGGCUCUCCAAACAUGUGGGCUUUGUUGGUGACGCUAACCAGAUCAAUGUGGCCAUCACCAGAGCCAAAGAAGGACUGUGCAUCAUAGGUAACCAGGAGUUGCUGAAUUGCAGUGGCGCUUGGACAAAACUGCUGAACCAUUACAAGAGGCACAACGCAGUGACGGACGCAGAGAAGAUUUCAGUUUGUCAACUCUGA